UACAACAGCAUUUCAAGAGUUUUAGUCUCAUAAUCUCGGCAAGGAAAAAAAUGGGUGGGUUAUUAGGUGAUUAUAAGUAUGCAUUGGCCAUGUUCGGGUUACAGUUCGCUUCUGCAGGUCUUACUCUUCUCAGCAGGGCUGCAUUUGUUCGGGGAACAAGUCCAAGGGUCUUUAUAGUCUACAGACAAGCCAUUGCAACAUUGUUCGUUGCACCUAUUGCAUACUUUACCCGCAGAAAAUCCAGUGGAAGUUCUAUCGGAUUAAGGAGCUUCGCUCUGAUAUUUUUGCUCUCACUUAUUGGUGUGACGAUCAACCAGAACAUCUUCUUUGAGGGUCUUUUCUUAUCCUCAUCGUCGAUGGCAAGUGCAAUGACGAAUCUAGUCCCUGCAAUCACUUUUGUAAUGGCAUCCAUAGCAGGAUUAGAAAAGGUCAAUAUUCGAAGCUCAAGAAGUAUUGCCAAAAUAGUAGGGACAGUGAUCUGUGUUGGUGGAGCUGUAUCAAUGGCAAUGUUGAAGGGUCCAAAGCUAUUGAACUCAGAACUCCCACAGGCGAAUUCCGCUUUCGGCUCUGGAGGUAAGAAUUGGUUGCUGGGAUGUCUAUGUCUCUUUGGAAGCACUUGUUGCUGGUCACUUUGGCUAAUUUUGCAGGUUCCACUUUCGAUUAGCUAUCCUGACCCAGUAUCUCUAUCAGCAUGGAUGUGUUUCCUAGCAACAAUACAGUCAGCUGUGCUUCCAUUCUUCUUGGAGAAAAACGCGGAUGCAUGGAUUCUCCAUUCAAAACUUGAACUAAUUAGUGUUUUCUUUGCUGGAGUUCUGGGAUCCGGCUUGUCCUUCUUUGUUCAAGCCUGGGUUGUAUCACAAAAGGGUCCACUCUUCUCUGCAAUGUUCAAUCCUCUGAGCACAGUCAUAGUGACCAUAUUAGCUACUGCAUUUCUGCAUGAGGAAAUCUAUACUGGAAGCUUGAUAGGUGCACUUGGUGUGGUCAUUGGUCUAUAUGUGGUGCUGUGGGGCAAAGCUAAAGAGCAUGUAAAGAUCGAAGAAGACGCAGAUCCUAAUUUACCAACUGUAAACAUCUUGACAGACGAAUCGUGAGGGAAAAUAGGAACUAAGACUGAUUUGGAGUGAGGGCAGAUCUAGGGUACACUAGGCUGUAGUCCCCAAAAAUGUUUUAGAAUAUAUAUAUACACACUUAUAUAAUUAUACAUAAAUAUCCACAAUUAUAAACAGGUCUAUAUCUAAAUAUAUAUACUUAAUUCCUUCAUGAGUUGUCUCCAGGGAAAACAUGAAUAAACCAACUGACAAGGAGAAGGACAGUGUCGAGUCUCUCUCGCCUUUCUUCCUCCUCCCCAGAUGUAGAUCUACUCUCAUAUUUUUGUUCUGUGUUGUU